CUGCUGGUGCCAACAUGGAUUUCAAGUACGGCAUCAAGCUGGAGAUUCAGGGUCAUGUUGUGGAGGAGGAGCUGGUGGUGGGCCUGGGGCUCCAGGGCUCUAUUCCUCCUGAUAGUGGGAACCAUAUUUUCCAGGGACUGGCUGCUGGCAUAGCAGUGAAUGAGAAUGGGAGAGGCCAAAUCACAGGGAACGUCAUCUGCGAGAACCAGUGGGGUGGGGUGGACAUCCGCCAUGGGGGUGACCCCACCCUCAGGAACAACCUCAUCUCCUGUGGCUACUCGGACGGUGUGGUGGUGGGUGAGCACGGGAAGGGCCUCAUCGAGGGAAAUGCCAUUUAUGGCAACAAGGGCUGCGGUGUGUGGAUGACGUCCUCCAGCCUCCCACACCUCAUCAACAAUGAGAUCAGUGAGAACAGCAUCUAUGGAGUGGCAGUGUUCUGCCACAGGGAUGACACUGGUGACCACCACCCUGGGCAGGCGGGCAGCGAGACCUUCCAGGACGACAGGGAAAGUGCCGGCGGGGAGAAUGACCCCGACAGCGAGGAGGAGCACCUGGCUGCCCGGCAUCCCAUCAGCGUAGCACUGGUGGAGUCCAACAGCAUCAGCCACAACGGAGCCGCUGGGUUACACAUCAAGAGCGAUGAAGCACUCAGCAUCGUUGCCAAUGUAAUUCAUGCCAACCAGAACGGAGGGGUGGUGGUGCUGCAGAGCAGCCGGCUGACGCACAUUGCCAACAACAGCAUCUCCUGCAACAGCCGGGGAGGAGUGCUGGUGGAAGCUGAGUGCCAGGUGGAGCUCUGUGGCAACGGCAUCUAUGAGAACAGCAGCCAUGGCAUCAUCUCCAAGGGAGAGGGCGUCAUCACAGAGAACGACAUCAUCGGCAACCACAGAUGUGGCCUUCAGCUGCUCCAGGCAGCAGACAUGAAG